GGUAACUUUCAAUAUUUCGAAUAGUUGGGGAUACAACAUAAAUGGAUCUUGGGAUGGAAUGAUCGGGAUGCUGCAACGACGUGAGAUUGACAUUGGCGGCACCAGUGCGUUUAUGCUGGCAGAGCGCUUCCCUAUAGUGGAAUACAUUCAACUGUACACACGUACUAGUUUUCGUUUCGUGUUCCGACGACCCUUAUUGUCGACUAUAAAAAAUAUCUUUACCUUGCCUUUUCAUCGAAACGUCUGGAUAGCGAUCGCCAUAUUUCUUGUACUUGUCUUCUGCUUGUUAUACGUAUCUAUGAAAUGGGAUCACUACCGAGGUACUUCGAAAAACUCG